GUAAUCGUUGGCCACCAUCUCCACGGAUGUUCAAAGCCUUUAACUCGUACCAACCGUUGCUUGGUUUCAAAGCGCCGAUCACUCACUCGCUCACUCACUCAAGGGAGCUACUCCACUCCACUCCACUCCACUAGUUAGCCACACACCCACCACACAGACGUACCAAGCACAGUACAGUAGAGAGCGGAGCGGAGCCAUGAGCAAGGAGCAGCAGCACAGGCACGAGCACCAUCUGCGGCGCUGCUGCGGCGGCCUGGCGGCGUGCCUCAUGUUCCUGGUCGUCGCCGUCGCGCUCACCGCGCUCAUCGUCUACCUCGCGCUCCGCCCCGCCAAACCCUCCUUCUACCUGCAGGACCUGCAGCUUCGCUCCGUCAGCUUCGGGGACCCGUCCCUGUCCGCCACGGCGCAGGUCACGCUCGCCUCCCGCAACCCCAACGACCGCGUCGGCGUCCUCUACCGGCGCCUCGACGUCUUCGUCACCUAUCGCGACGAGCCGGUCACGGUUCCGGUCUCGCUGCCGCCGGCGUACCAGGGUCACCGGGACGUCACCAUCUGGUCCCCCGUGCUGUCCGGGGAGUCCGUGCCCGUGGCCGGGUUCGUCGCCGACGCCAUGAGGCAGGACAUCGCCGCCGGGUACGUGGCGCUGCAGGUCAAGGUGGACGGCCGCGUGAGGUGGAAGGUCGGCAGCUGGGUCUCCGGAAGCUACCACCUCUUCGUCAGCUGCCCCGCCGUGCUCGCCGCCGGCCCUGGCGGCAUGCCGCUCGGGGGCGGCCCAAACGGCACCUCCGGCCGCGCCGUCGCGGCGCUCAAGUUCGGGCAGCCGACAGGGUGCACCGUGGGCACGUGAUGGAAAAUACGUACCGUACGUGGAAGGUGGAAGAAACUACGUAGCUGUUUAAUUUUCGUUUUAUGUCUCAUGUAACGGGAGAAUAAAAUGUACUACAAUUUUUGAAUUAACAAUUGCAAUUUGCAUCAUGCAUGA